AUGGGCCGCAGACCCAACACAACGGAGAGCCGAACCACGUCUCCUAUUCUGGGCUGGGAGCCCACACGGAGGCAAAGCCAACCAGCCGCCCAGAUACCUGGAGGGUCAUCCCACAGGCCCACGACCCUGCCGAAAAGCAACGGAGGGUCCCUGGACAUGCGGCACGGGCUCCACAUAAGGCCCGGGCUCAGGAGAGUGGUAGACACCGGCGUCUCGUGCCUAUCGCUGCUCGCCGAAAGAGAGUCCGGCCCGGUACACAACACCCCUUGCGGGGAAACAACGCUGACCGGCCGGUCGGAAAACAAGCUCAUCACCUCCGAUGGCGCAGAAUUCUCACUCACCUGCAGCUCCGAUUGAGCUCCGCACACCACCAACCACAGAGGCUGAAAAACGCCAGACGCACGCGGCUACUCCAGACCGAGCUGAAGUAUGGGAAUCCUCAAGUUCGUAGGGAGGAGAAGCUAACUUGUCCCAGACCAUGGAAAGGUGAGCAUGCCCUAACUCGACACGAUCAAGUAGCGAUCCCCAGCGGACUACCCUAUGCCUAUGCAACCCUUUAUGCCAAGAACCCAUGCUUCCCCACCUUGGGUAUAGGCUGA